UCCGCAAUAUAAAAAAACACAUAUUUGGCACUGUCACAUCUCACAAUAGUCCUUGCCUCUGCUUCUGUGGAUUUGCUCAACGAUCACAGGGCUACUUGGGUCAAUCCAAAACCCCAUCCAAAACCCAUCUUUUUCCAUCCAUCAGAUCAUUCUUCAAGCCCCAGUUAGUAUGUGUAAAGGGGUUUGUUUUGGUUUAUCUUUUCUGUAAUGCGAUCCGGUGAAAAAGAUAAAGAGAAGAGUUUGAAACGUUCCAGAUCAUCGCUGUUAAAUAGUGGCAAGAUGACUGUUACUGAUGAAACUGUCAUGGACGUGCUUGAUGGUUCCGAUUGUUUUCCUAUCGAGGAGAUAGUGCAUUACCCGUUGCCAGGAUACGGAGCUCCAACUUCAGUGGCUUUUAGUCCGGAUGACAGUUUGGUAACUUAUUUGUAUAGCUCUGAGAACACUUUAAACAGGAAUCUGUUCUCGUUUGAUCCUACAACUGGUAAGCAAGAUCUGCUUUUUAAUCCUCCUGGUGGUGGGCUCGAUGAGGAUAAUCUAUCUGCAGAAGAGAAGUUGAGGCGAGAGAGAUUGAGGGAACGUGGGUUAGGAGUUACACGGUAUGAAUGGGUGAAGACGGGUCCUCAUGAGAAUGCGGUGAUGGUGCCUCUGCCUGCCGGGAUAUACUUCCAGAAUCUUUCUUCACAACCACAACUUAAGCUUCAAAGUGCACCGACCUCUCCCGUUAUCGAUCCACAUCUUUCACCUGAUGGCUCCAUGCUUUCGUAUGUCAGAGAUAACGAACUACAUGUCUUGGAUCUUUUGCAAAAUGAGUCAAAGCAGAUAACUUUUGGAGCUGAUGGGAAGACCUUGACACAUGGUGUGGCCGAGUAUAUCGCACAGGAAGAAAUGGACAGGAGACAUGGUUACUGGUGGUCCCUAGACAGCAAAUUUAUAGCUUUUACACAAGUUGAUUCGUCAGCUAUACCUAAUUUCACAAUUGUGCAUCAAGGUCAUAGCACUACUGGUCCAGAUGCACAAGAAGACCAUGCUUAUCCUUUUGCUGGGGGGCCAAAUGCCAAUGUACGCCUUGGGGUUGUAUCUGCUAAUGGAGGUGAAGUAACUUGGAUGGAUGUCUUCUGUGGAGGAAAGGACCAAGCAAACCACGACGAGGAGUAUUUAGCCAGAGUCAAUUGGAUGCAUGGGAAUAUUCUUACUGCUCAGGUUUUGAACAGGUCACAUUCGAAACUAAAGAUCCUAAAGUUUGAUAUCCAAACAGGAGAAAGAGAAGUACUUUUGGUUGAAGAACACGAUACAUGGGUCAGUUUGCACGACUGCUUUACACCUCUGGAUAAAGGUCUUGGUAAAUUUUCUGGAGGAUUUAUUUGGGCUAGUGAAAAAACAGGUUUUAAACACCUCUAUCUGCACGAUGCAAGUGGAAAAUGCCUGGAACCAAUAACUCAAGGUGAUUGGAUGGUCGAGCAAAUUGCAGGUGUAAAUGAGGCUGCGGGUCUUGUAUAUUUCACUGGAACCUUAGAUAGCCCUCUGGAGUGUCAUCUUUACUGUACCAAGUUAUUCCCUGAUGAAAACUGUGCACUACCCUUGAAAUUGACCAAGGGCAAGGGAAAACAUGUUGUUGUGAUUGAUCACCAAAUGCGGAGAUAUAUUGAUAUUCACGAUUCUUUGGACUAUCCCCCUAGAAUUUCGCUUUGUGACUUGCAGGAUGGUAGUGUAAUAAUGCCUCUGUAUGAGCAGCCAUUAGCUGUUACAAAAAAUAAAAAGCUUCAACUUCAGCCUCCAGAGAUAUUCGAAGUACAGGCAAAGGAUGGAACCACUCUGUAUGGUGUUUUAUACAAACCUGAUGCAACAAAGUUUGGACCUCCACCAUACAAAACAAUGGUCAGUGUUUACGGUGGUCCAAGUGUGCAGCUUGCCUGUGAUUCAUGGGUGAACACAGUAGACAUGAGAGCUCAGCAUCUUAGAAGUAAAGGCAUAUUAGUGUGGAAGAUGGACAAUAGAGGAUCUGCCCGUCGUGGAAUUAAAUUUGAAGGUGCAGUCAAGAACAACUUUGGUCUCCUUGAUGCAGAAGAUCAGGUGAGUGGAGCUGAGUGGCUCAUUAAACAAGGGCUAACCAAAGCUGGCCAUAUUGGAAUAUAUGGUUGGAGCUAUGGCGGGUACCUCUCAGCUAUAUCUUUGUGUAGGUUUCCUGAUGUUUUUAGAUGUGCUAUAUCUGGCGCUCCUGUGACAUCGUGGGAUGGGUAUGACACCUUUUACACUGAAAAGUAUAUGGGUUUGCCUACUGAAAACCAAUCUGGAUAUGCAUUUGGUGCAGUGCUGCACCACGUGCCAGAUUUGAAUGGGAAAUUGUUACUAGUGCAUGGGUUAAUUGAUGAAAAUGUUCAUUUUCGGCACACUGCCAGACUUGUCAAUGCAUUAGUGGCAGCUCGAAAGCCUUAUGAAUUAUUGAUUUUUCCUGAUGCUCGACACAUGCCACGCCCAGUGAAGGAUCGCCUUUAUAUGGAAGAGAGGAUAUGGGAUUUCAUCAAGAGGACCUUAUAACUGGUUUUAUUAGCCUUUUCUUCUCCUCUUUCUUUUACAUGUUGUUAUCUAUAGAUGAUGGAAGAGGAUGGCAAGAUCUCAAACACAAGGUGAGACAUCACUGAGGCAUUCUGUAUUAACAUUGGGUUUUUUGAGUUGGUUGAUUUCAGCUACUAGUAAUCUGCUAUACAAUAAGUUUUUUUUCUGGAGUGGUGAAAAAAUUUGUUCCCAUUACUAAAACAAUUCCUACCAGGGUACUCGGUGCCCUCAAUAGGUCUCUCUUAUCACAGGUACCAUUAUUCA